AUGUUUGAUAUAAACCUCAGGAGUGUUCAGGUGUUGACCCGAUUAGUGGUGCCAUAUCUGGAGCAAAGUAAAGGCAAUAUCAUUAACAUGUCGAGUGUAGGCGGAGAACAACCGAUGCCAAAAGCGAUGGCUUAUAGUAUGGCUAAGAAUGCGCUCAAUAUGUUUACCAAAUGUAUGGCACUCGAGUUGGGCCCCAAAGGGAUACGGGUCAAUUGUGUGAGGCUACAUCAUAUGAAUAUGCAAUUAGGUUUUGUUCAACACAAACCACACCCCUUCCACCCCCACAAUAGUCCGGGUGUUAUUCGUACGGCACUCGUGGAGACAUCGUUAGGUGAUAAGUGGUUAGAGUUUGAGAAGUUUUGCGCCACUAUUUACCCGAUGAGACGUAUUGGGGAACCGGUAGACGUGGCCGAUGUCGUCACAUUCCUGGCCUCAUCCCAGUCCGCCUCCUUCAUUACCGGUUGUAUAUUUCCGGUCGAUGGCGGCGCUCAGUGGACACACCGUCCCUUUUGA